AUGAUUAAAUCAGGGACUACUCCAAGUACUAUUAAUAGCUUCUAGAAUAAGUUAAGGAUUCUAGAUGAGGAAAAAAGACUCUUAGCAAUGAAGCUUGAUCUAUGCGAAAAUAUCCUUUGCUUUCUGCUUUCUUGCACUAUGGAUCAUCAGUUCAAACUUGGAGAUAAAAUAAAGAAUCCUGUCUAUGAUAAGUACUAUAAUGAUUCUAUUGAAAAUCCUUACGCAUUUUUUGACAAAAUAAGCAAUAUUAUUCAUUGGGAAAAACCUUAUACUAAGAUUUAUGAUCCUAUUUUGGGGCCCUUAGGGUAAUGGUAUGUGGGAGGUAAAUUGAAUGCAGCUUAUAAUUGUCUUGAGAAAUAAAUUUCUUAAGGCCUUGGAGACCACAUUGCAUUCUACUAUUAUUGCCAAUACGAAGAAAAAACUGUAGGGUACACCUAUUAACAGUGCUAUGAUAUAUCCUCAAGGAUUUCCUAUUAUCUUAAAAAUAACCUCUAGCUUUAAGAGAAUGAUGUGGCAAUAUAAUAUUUGCCAAAGAUUCCAGAAAGUAUAUUCCUCUAACUAGCUUUAGCAAGAAUAGGAGUUAUAAAUCAUUUUAUUAGUAUUACUUACCCUAAAGAAGAAGUACAUCGAAGAAUUAUUCAAUUGAAUGCUAAGUGCUUUUUUACAACGGAUGUUGUAUAUAAGAGUUUUGAUGAGAUAGUUAACUAUCAGAAAAUAAUGGAUGACUUCUUUAAAGAUAAUGAUAUCGAUAGUAUCCAUUAGUUUCACAAGGUAUUAGUACCUCGGUGCUCUUCAAGCAGUCUCUAGCUUGAAAAAUGGGUAAAUAUUAAUGAAAUGAUUAGCUGUGAAUCUACUCAAGAGCCACUCUUCGUUGAUUCUAGUCAUCCAUUAUAUAUUUUAAAUACAUCAGGAUCCACAGGCGUACCCAAAUAUAUUUAAAAUUCUCACUUAAGUCCAUCUUUUUCAGGUUUCUAUUAAGAAUUAGUAAAGGGUUGCAAGAAAGAUGAUGUUAUUCUUGCAGUUCCUUCUUCAUUAGGCUGGAUUGGGCAUGAGAUCUUCUUGUCUCUAUCAUGCAUGUCAAGAGGAGGAACAUUCAUUUAAUUUGAAGGAAAUUUGCUUGCUCCGGAUCCUACAAUUUUCUGGAAAAUAAUUUAAGAUUUUAAAGUUACUUUGGCCUAAUGCGUAACGACUGUUCUAUAUUCAAUUUAAUGCUAAGAUCCAGAUGGUACUGAAGUAGCAAAAUUUGAUUUCUCAUCACUCAAAACAUUGAUAUUUGGGGGAGAGACAUACAAUGAUAACAUCUUCAAAUGGCUUUCAAAAUAUAUCCCAUAGAAUAUUAAUAUAGCGGACAUUUAUGGUUAAACAGAAACUGCAUAUACUAAUAUUAGCAAUAUUUUAAACAAUGAAUUGUUUGGAUCUCCUUUUGUCAAUAAUUAUCCUACUCAUUACAGAGCAAUUCCAGGUUUCAACAUGAAAAUAAUAGAUGAUGAAGGGAAAGAGAUCAAUGAGCCUGGAGUUACUGGAAGAUUAAUGAUAAAACUUCCUUUACCUCCUGUAUCAAUGAAUACAAUUUACUAAGAUGAUGAGGCUGUCAAGACAAAAUAUCUCUCUGUUCCAGGUUAUUUUGAUUCUGGAGAUAUUGCAUACAAAGAUUGUAAUGAAUUCUUCUAUGUGAGAGGAAGGUCAGACUCUGAAAUUAAACAUAAGAACCAUAGAAUAUUAACGACUGAAGUUGAAAACGCCCUUCUCUGUUAGGUAAGUGAGUUAUCAGAAGUUAUAUUGAUUAAACCAGACGACUAUAGCCAAAUUUCAGCAUUUAUAGUUUUAAAAAAGUAGAAUAGUCCAAUUCAAUCCAGACAAGAAUUUGAGAAAAAGAUUAUUGAGGUUGUUAAGGAAACAACUUUUGGUUUAGUUGAUUAAUUAAAUCUUAUAUAUUUGGAUGAGCUUCCAAGAGGAGCAACAAGCAAAGUAAAUAGAUUAAAACUUAAGCAAAUGGUAAAUGAAAUUUAGAGUAGUGAUUGA